AUGCUAGUAUCAGGAUCACUUGGUCAAAUCGUCAUCGAACAUAUUCAUAAUUUACCACAAAUCGACGCAAUUUUUGUAUUUUGUGGAAACAAGACAAAACAUGAACAAUGGACCAAAACGUGGUACAAAAUAAAAGGUGUUCAUACAAGCACUGCUGCUAUUGGUAAAUCAAUCAAAACGGCUGUGGAAAAAGUUGAGAAGGACUCGAUCACAACUUCCAUUAUUCUAACAAAUAACACAUUGAAUCAGAAUAGGGACUUUAUAACUCAAGAUUACAUGUACACACUUCUAUUAAAAGAAAUCCUUUUGGGAAUGAAAUAUGAUGAUAAAUCAAUCAAAGAACUCACCAAUUUCUGUCGUCAACUGUAUUCUGACAAUAAAAAUGAGCUGAAAGUAAUUGAAGAGUUUGAACAAAGAUACCGUAAUGAUCAAGCUAUUUCGUGGUAUAUUCGCGAGUCUUUUGUGUACAAAAUGAUCAACCACUCAUUACGCAUGCUAGAAUUUGAAACAAUGAUUAAGUUUGGGUUUUUCAUUCGAGACCUUCACGAACAACUUGUGCAACUUCAUUUAGAACAGUUCAAGAGCAAUCAAAAAACAUUAUUGACGUUAUUCCGUGGUCAAGGAUUACCAGUAGCAGACUUUGAAAGAUUAAGAAAUAGCAUAGGCGGAUACAUAUCCUUUAAUAAUUUUUUAUCGACAACUCCAAGACGCAAACUAUCAGUUGAAUUUGCCAGUCGUGCCGCAAAGGCAGAAUCUAUGGUGGGGACUCUAUUUGUUAUUAUCGCAGAUCCAUCGAUUCUCUCAACUCCAUUUGCAUCAAUUGAACAUUAUAGUUAUUUCCAAACUGACGAAGAAGUACUCAUUACCACACAUAGCGUCUUUCGAAUUGAAAACAUACAAAGAAUUGACAAAAACAUUCGACUAUAUCAAGUAGAUCUUAGAAUGACGAAAAAUAAUGACGGCUAUUUGAGCUUUCUAACAGAAGUAAUGCGAAAGGAAAUAUAUGGACCGACAGAACAGCAUCGAUUGGGUAAUUUCUUAAUAAAAGUAUGUGAGUUUAGCAUGGCGGAAUCUGUUUAUAUGACACUGCUAGCAGAAAAGACUAAUCAACUUGAAAAAGGCAAUCUUUAUCAUCAGCUUGGCCGAAUAAAAGAUGCAUCUGGAGAUCCCAAGGCAGCGAUUUCUUUCUAUGAAAAAUCGAUUGAUGCAUAUGAAAAUGGUGUGGGUGUGGGUGUGAGUGUUAUGGAUGUGGGUAUGGAUGUGGG